AUGCGGGAAUCAGCCUCAUACUUUGCCGCGGGUCGCGGUUCGCACUUUGAUCAGUUCCGAAAUUUCGAGCGGGAACAGCUGGCGGUUUGGGGAUGGGGGGGGGGGCAGUUCGAAAUGGACGGUGUCAUCGUCGUGCGUCGUCGAUCUUUCGCAGAGAUGAACAACCGCAGUGUCCGUCACGCUGGCCGGUUCUCUCCGUCCGUCCACGUGUACACGCGCCACUGGUCGUCACCUAGUUACCGAUUUCCGGCCGGGGUGUCCGUCAGCGAUGCAGAUCCGGUUUCGUCUGGCAAUGUCAUGGCCGAUACACACACGCACGUAGCCACGUCGCCAUUCUCAUGUCGCGUGCACCGGAUGUCUGCUGGCAUCUCUUUGCCGGUUGUUGGUUGUGCAUUUGAAGGGUAA